AUGAACGAUACCGAUAUUGCAAACCAUUACGGCCUACCGUCUGAGUUCCCAGAGACAUGGCCGGAGGAACUCGACGAAAGCGAUGAAUCCGACACGGAGAGUCUACGCGGUGACGGCGCGCGGUCGCACAAGUCCCGAUACUUUGCUUUGGAGCGCAGUGGGAGCCAACGGAAGAAUCUGGGGUCACAAAGAGGAGGUAGUGGGACUGAUAGUCUGGCUCAGAAGGAUGAACCGGAUCCUCUGGGCUCUGGAGAGAGCGUGCUGAAGAUUCUCAAGAAGAGGGGGUUGCCCUUGGAUGAAGAGACCCGGUUACGAAACAGGUUCCUUCUCUCGUCCACGUCGUUCUCGCCAGCGCUCUUUCUCUCCCAGGCACAUUCGAAUGACUCGAUUCAAUCGCUCCUCGAUGGCUUAGGUUACCUGUCGCGGUCCAUUGACCAAAAGUCCGCCUCGCUGAAGGUGCUGGUAGAGGCCAACUUUGAGCGUUUCGUUCGCGCCAAGGCGACCAUUGAUAGUGUCUACACGGAGAUGAGAAACCAGGGCGCACCGCCACAGGAUGACGUUCCUUUGGCCCAGAUUCGUCGCCGGUCUGCACAUUUCAGGAGCAGCUCGGCAAUGGCGCGCGGCGUUUCCCCCGCGCCAGAAAGUAGUAAGAAUGCUUUAACCAAGGAAAGUGAAUACGGUAUGAAAGGAAUUCGUGCCCCUCUUGUGGAGGCUUCUGUGAAGGCGGAGGAAGUAUGGGGCCCAGCCCUGGGGGGUCGUGAGCGAGAACAGAUAUUGAAAUCCGUGGUCGACACGAUGGAGAGACAUCGCGAUGUCUAUGAAAUUGGCGGACAGCUUUCCAAGGCGAUCAAGCAAAGGGACUACGAAUUGGUUUUUGGAUUAUUCACAAAUGCAAGGACAUUAGCCAACAAUGCUAGGAAUAUUGCAGACAUGGCUAGCAGCGAUGGCCGGUCGUUGACCGACGAGGAGACGCAUACGAUUUUGGCCAUGGGUCGCAUGUGGAUGGACGUAGAUCAGCAAAUCCAAGCAUUCAAGCGUGAUCUCUGGAGGCGUCUAGGUGAUGCACCCACCACAUCCACAACAGCCACGGCAUCUGGCCCAGUUGAGGAACACAUGGAAUUGAUCGGGGCCUUGCUGGAAUUGGGCGUCGAGGACAAUCCGAUCUGGGUUUGGCUCAUGAACCGUUAUGACUUCCUCAAGACCAAGAUUACAUCGUUCUGUGAACGUUGCAAAGUCGAACUCGAGAUCCUCCGACGCAGACUGGCCAGUGGUGAGGUCCCAUCCCCGCGACAAGUGGCAUCCUACCUUCGACUGGCCCCUCGCGAGGGCUCACUCGACGCGCAAGCGAUGCUAGAUACGGACCAAGUUACUGAGCUCUGGGAGUGCAUCCAUACUUACUUGAGUAGAUUAUUGUCACCACAUGGAGGAGUUCUGGGUGAAGUGCUGGAUUUUUGGGAAGCUGCACAAUCGUUUAUUGACGGCAGCAAGCAAAGGAUGCUUCCCGUUGGAUUCGAAGGGGAGAGCCGUAAACACCAUCGACUUUCGGAGGAGGAGACUUUGACUCUGGAGAACGGUGUCGUUGAGUUAGUCAAUUUGAUCCGCGAGAGCGUGUUGGCGCUGUUUGCUUCUCCCCCGACGGACGAUCUCUCGAUUCUCGCAACUCCAAUAUCACCGCCCAGCCCAAGCACGCCCAGCUUUGGGGUUACGCCCACCGAAUCUCGCUUCAAACUUGAUCCCAAAAACAUGCCUUUCCCUAUUCCUAAGCGGGGAGAGCAUUGGGAGGACUUCGCCUUCUGGCCGCCUUUCUCCAACUCGCUCAGUGGUAUAUACUACCUCGACAGGUUCUUGGCCAUUAUCGGUAUGGCAGCUGGCGAAAUGGCUGCAUUGGGCCCCGUGAACCGCAGCGGUAACACUCCCGAUCUUCUCAAGUCGCUUGUGAGUACUGCUCGUGAGAGAUCUGUCCGCGUCGUAUGUGCUGCUUGGGGUAAAGAUGCGGAAAUCUGCAAGAUGCUGGAGGAUUGGACACGGGAUCCCGAGAAGCGGGACUUGACCAAGAUGCCCGGGUUGUUUGUUGCAUAUGAGAGUGCAAUCCUUGGCGGGAUGCAGAAGAUCCUGUACAUUCCGGAGGCCAUGGCCAAACCUCUUACGGUGGAAGUUGUCACGCAACCUCCGGCGAAACUUCUCCAGAUGGUGCGCAUGCAGUUUGUGUCGAGCGUAUACAAGGCGCUCAGCGGGCUGGUUGAAAAUGCAGAGCAUCCCGAGGCACCCGAGGAAGACAAUGAGUGGGUUCUUGUUGGACAUGCGACCUCAGUUAACGGACCAGAUGUUGCAUCAUCUGUGCUUGUGGCAGAUGCUGUGGAUGCUGAGAACAGAAACGUGCGCAUACUUCUCACGCUUUCCAAUAUCAAGGAACUCCAGGCCGUUCUAGUACCGCAGCUCAUUUCGACCUUCGAAACAUCCUUCUCCGUCAAGUUGACCGACGAAGCAAAGACCAUCCGAGAUGCACUGCACCAGAUCGAUGACCGCCUCUUCCAAUCUUAUACCAACCCAACCGUCGAGACACUGAACUCCACGAUCUUCAACGGCAUUACUGCCCCAGACUGGGAACCGUCAACCAACCGGCCCGAGCAAGUCCGGCCUUACGUAUACAACACAAUGCUAGCCUUGGUCCUUGUUCACACCGAGAUCUCGACUACCAUCCCGUCCACCUCCCUCUCAGCCUCAAGUCGCUCAUCCUCCGGCAUUCCGUCUCCUUUAAUGAAAACGAUUCUCACCUACCUCCUAUCUAAGGUGUCUUCAUCGCUUUUAGCCGCAUUUAGUGCACGAUCGGAGUACACGCUUGCGGCACUAAUGCAAGCGACCCUGGACACUGAGUUCAUUGCACAAACGCUGUCGCAGUAUUCGACGGACGAGUCGUCUAUGGUGCAGAGCCAGAUCUAUGUGGAAUUGGACCAACGGACUACCCAUGAAGCACGCGCUAAGCUCCAGGCGGAACUCGGAGAGAUGAGAGGAGUUCUCAAGAAUCUACGUGAAAGGACGAAGGGAGAGUUUGCCUGCUUCCGGAAGCAAAGAACUGGGACAGGGCUGAAAUCAGCUUAA